AUGAAAUCCUGGCCCUUCUGGGCCUUCCCUUUGACCAUCCAGUCCUUGGCAGUGCCCCUCAGCGAGAAGCCCGCAGCUUUAGCGCCCGAUGUGGAGGUCACCAGACUCACGCAGAAGCCAAAGGGGGACUUCCGAGAGUACCAGCAUUCGGUGCUGGAGAACGGCCUGCGAGUGGUGAAUAUCUGGGAUCCCAACACGACCCAGGCGGCCGUGUCCUUGGCCGUCACUGUGGGUUCUUUCUCAGACCCCAAGGGCUUUGAUGGUCUGGCUCAUUUGCUGGAGCAUUCGAUGUUCUUGGGCUCCAAGGGCUUCCCCCAGAGGUCAGGCUUCGAUGCGUGGCUAGCACAGCAUGGGGGCAGCUCGAACGCCUACACGGCCGAGGAGCAGACGGUCUACUAUGCCUCUGUGAACAGCAAGGCGCUGGAGGAGUGUUUGGAGCGCUACGCGGACAUCUUUGAAGCACCUCUCUUCAACGCUUCGUGGAUCUGGGAUGAGGUGCAGGCCGUGAACAGCGAGCACAACAAGAACCGGAAGAGCCAGGAAUGGCGGAUCCAGAGCUUGAUCGGCCAAAUGGCGGUCGCGGAGAGCCCCGCGCAGCGCUUCCACACCGGGAACCUCGAGACCCUGCGGCGCACGGACCAGGAAAGCCUGGCAAAGGAGAUUCGGCAGUUCUUCAACACCCACUACUGCCCUCCCAGGAUGCGGCUGGUGACGUUUGGGUCUGCGAGCUUGGAGUCUCAACUCGAGCAGGCGAUGGCCUCCUUCGGAAAGAUGUCACGUGAAGGGCAGGGUUGCGAAGCACUGGCUCCCACGUGGGCAGCUGGCCCUCCACCCUUCCCAAGCUCAACUCUCCGGCAGAUGCUGCGAAUGCAGGGUUUGACGCCCAAGCCGGAGUUGCACCUGGUCUUCCCCAUGACGAACCUGCAGCCCUGGGUGAGGAGCAAUCCGACGGCCUAUCUUGAGCACAUCCUGUUGUAUGCUGGUGGCGGCUCCCUGCUUUUGGCUUGGAGAGAUCAGCUUGGGGUUGCUUCAAGCCUGGCGGUGAGUCAAGAGGAUAGCAGCGCGGGGUCCAAGAUCAUCGUCUCCAUGGCGCUUCUUCCGGAGGGUGUGGAGCGCCUCCCGGAGCUCUUCGAGGCCUUCUUUGCCUUCGUGGGCCGCGCACGGGCGCGCACGCGAGAGCAGAAGCUGGCGGUGCUCGGCUCAUUGCAAGAGUCCGCUCAGUUGGGCUAUGACUGGGCUGCUUUGCAGGAGGCGUCCAGGGCCGCCUCGCAGAUGGCCAACGACAUGACGAAGCUGGCCGCGUCUGAUUUGCUCGUCGCUGAGAACCUUAUUUUGGAUCCGGACGUGGACAAGAUCGACCGGCUGCUGGAGAGGCUGCGGCCCGAGGGGAUGCUGGCCAUCUUGGUGGAUGCGGCGAACUCGAGCUUCUGGCGACGUUCACCGGAGGACGCAAGGAGCUGA